AUGUCGGCAAAGACGUCGACGAGACCAUCAGACGUUGCCUCCUCGCAGAGAAACGCCUUCCGAGACUACGUUGUUACCUACCAGUUUCGGGAUGAUAAUUCAAAAGCGUUGUUGUUUAACGAUGCAUUAGAAGAGAAGACUGACGUGAAUCUUAAAUUUGAGGUGCCAUCUCGCCCGGGAUGCUGCAAGCCGAAACUGCGAGCUGCUGGAAUUUUUGCCGAAAUCAGAGUCAAACUGCUUCAUGGCAAGCGAUCUUUCAAUAAGUUUGAAGUGGCCGUCUCACUCGCCAGUGGUGAUCGUGUCAGGACACACAGUGGCACAAUGCAGACACACCUCAUUCUCAUCGUUGAAUGCUUAUGA